AUGGGGCACCCGCGCGCUGCCAGCUCGGAGAAGACGCGGAGCGGCGAGCCCUCCGGCACUCGGCCCGAGGCCUCGGCAGCCCCGGGGCCAGGGCGCGCGGGGAGGCUCGAGGUCUCUGCGAGCGCGUUCCUCUUGACAGUGUGUAAACACCAGGCGCGCUCCGAGAGCCCGCGGGAGGGGCCGGCCGAGGGCCGCCCGGGCAGCUCCGAGGCCGUGCGCCCCGCCCGCCUGGUCGCCCCGGGCACGAUCGGCGGGGCCGCCGCCUCGCUCUCUGCCUUCCCAGUUGGCUCAGCUAAUUGGAGCCGCCGCCGCCGCCGCCGCGGUGGCGGCGGCCUCUUGUUGAAUUUUCUAGAUCGCAACCGUUCGGUCGUGGCUGCUUGCGGCUCCCCUCCCCCUCCCGCAGCUGUUAUCUCGGCCGGCAACUUGGUGGUGGUGGCCACCGUGUUUCCGCUGACCCUGGCCUCAAGCUCGGUGGACACCCCAGUAGUUUGGGGGUGUUUCUGCGAGCUGUCUCAAACCCUGGUCAUAUGUCCCUACUCCGUGCGAACUGUGGGGUCUACAAACCGUCAGGUCUGCGUGGGUCUAGAGGAGGCCCAGAGCCUGGCCAAUGGCCAAGGCCCCGACAGGGCCGUGGGCGCGCUGCGCGCAGUCUCCGGCCCACUACCCACCUGGCGGGGGGAACAAGAUGGGGAGCUCCGGGCGGACCCCGGAGCCGCGGGGGAAGGCGGCUGGAACCCCCGCCCCGACUCCGCACCACCCCCGGAGCGGAGCCCCGCGCCCCGCCUCCGCGCCCACAAGAUGGAUCAGGCUACCGUGCGGAGAGCGGGCUGUAAAUAUUUAAAAAGUCUCUCGCGCGCCGGCGAUAAAGUUGUCCGGGAUGCUCUUCACACGGGCAGUGUCGAAUGGCAGAUGUCUGACGAGCUGGACGCUAGAGUCGACACGGGCAAGAUAAGGAAAUUUGUUUAA